AUGUACAAGAACGUAGCAAGGCCUAAGGCUAUAUUCACUACUUGGCUACUCAUGUGGGGAAGACUAUUAACAACUGAUAGAUUGAUUAAAUGGGGAAUGCAGAUUGAUCCAAAAUGUCCACUCUGUUGUAAGCAUGAGGAAACCAAAGAACACUUAUUUGUGCAUUGUGACUAUGCUAAGCAGAUAUGGAUCAAGAUGGAUAAUUGGACAACAAUACAGCAUUGUACAAUUUCUACUUGGGACCAACAUUUGGAUUGGAUGAUUGCAAAUUCUAAGGGGAACUCCCAAGGAGCUCAGGUUUUCAAAAUAGUGUAUUCUGAGACUAUCUAUGCCAUUUGGAUGGAGAGGAACUUUCGCAUAUUCGAAAAGAGAGAUAGGGAAUGGGAAUCAAUUGCAAAGGAGAUAGCCUAUGUCUAUGUGUUAGAGCUCCUCCCAAAAUCAAGUGUAUUGUCCAAGAUUUAUUUAAGUUUUAGCAUCUGUUUGGUAGCUCCUUCUAAGUUUCUUUUUAGUUAA